AUGUCCACUUCCCAAAGCCCCAGUGCUGGGGACAUGCCGGGCACUAUCACCUACAUGAGCACUGAUCCCACGCCCCAGGGCAGCUACUGGAGGGCAAAUAAUAUCUACCAGCCUCAGAUUUGGGCAGAGCCGAGAAAACGACUCUGUGACUGCUCAAACCAUAACGAGCAACAGUGGCCCAUCCAAUUUGCCGAGCUCAUCAUCGCCCCCUGCGCAUUCAGAUGUCCGUUUUGUAAUGAGUUCAACAAGGCCGGAAAGACAAGACUCAUGGCCUCGAAUCUCCGCCGGCACAUCAACAAGACGCAUAUUGAGGGGAACCCUGCGCGCUUUGGUACUCUUGUCGUCGCGGCUGGAGUGAUCGGGAGUCGGGGAAUGAUACCUCGUUCCGCGCAAGUUGACACCAGGGCUCGAGACUCUUCACAUUCUAUGUGA